AUGGAAUUUAAAUCAUCAUCAAUUUCAUUCAUCAUUAUGAUGAUGAUGAUUAUACAAAUGUAUAAUAGUAGUCUUUAUGUAUUUGGUGGAAUAAUACCUUGUUCAGCACCAUACCCAAUUACAUUUAACCCUAUAGGAAAUGUUGACGGUUGCAGUACAGGAAAUCCCUUUAUAUACACUAUGAAUGGUAACACAAUGAUUGAUGUCAAUGUAGCUGGUUGGGAUGCGAGCCAAGGACUACGUGCACCCGACAAAAUCCUCUAUGCAAACCAAUUCCACUUUACGUUUAGUCAAGGUGGUAAAUACCGUGCCAACUGGACCUACUAUGAUGCAACCGAUGGAACCACCGUUUGUCAGGGAACCAAUAACUAUCCCAUCGACAUUACCAAGCCCACCUUUCAAAUCGGACAUCCCCAAUGCCCCUAUGGCGCCACCACUGUGUUUUUAACCGACAUCCAAUUGUUUGUAAGGGUCACCAACAGCAAGAACCAAGUGGAUCUCGUCGCCAAUCAACCAGUCACAAUGUACGACAAGAUUGGAAAGUUUGUGGCACAGGGACCAGUAACACUCUGUGAUAUGGUAUAUGUCACUCAACCAAAAUCAAACAAGAUGCCUACCAUGGUCAUUGUACCACAGUCAGUGUCGUCGCCCGGUACAUUGCAAAUCGUCAACUUUCAAGAUUACACUAGUCUAGUUUUGUAUAGUCCAGUAGAUCCAACUAUGCCAUUUGACUAUAACACUACCACUGGUGUAUUUUAUAAUAUAAAGUCACUCGUUGGUGCAUUGACGCUCAUGCUAGAGGUUGAAUCUCAACAAUGUGGUAUUCAAAAGGUACCAGUGAUCGUCGGUUGGACCAAACCAUCAGUCUCUGUUGAAUUCAAGACUUUCUUUCCCCAAUGUAACUCUACCCACGUACAGGCAUUUGUAACGGUUGCAGGUGUCACCAACCUCAAGCUCACGUACGGCGGCAAUACUGUCACCUCUCCAUUUGCAGUAGAUGUUGCAAUAUUGGAUCCUGAAAUUGGAUGGGAGGAUUUAGACACUGGUAUUCAAGAGACCAAAACCUACCCUCUCCCCACCAAGGCAUUUAACCAUCCAACAUACACGGUUGUUGAAAACUUGUUUGCUACCCCAAUGAACCGGACCAAGUUGAAAUUCAACUACAAUGGAGACUUUAAUAACCUCCGAUUCGAAUUUGCAACAAACCAACAGCUCAGUACUACUAUACUAGGUGACAUUGUCAUUGACAAUAUCACCAAUACUGUUACACUACCAUUUAGCUCGGAUGUGGGUCAGACCAUCGUCACCUCUAUUUGUGACCCCUUUCAAGUCUACAUUACAUACCAACCCGCCUAUGUCAUCCCAUACGUAGUCUCCAAGACUUGUCUAGACCCCAUGGAUGUCGUCAUUACCAAUGCUCACUUGUUCCAAUUGCCACUCACCAUGACAACAGACGAUCAAGGUACAGAAGUCACAAUCACCUCUUCCGACACUGGUGUCUUUUACGACGUACCCAUUGACCGUCUAUGGAAAAUGAAUGCACUCUAUGUAAACUCUACCCUCUUUCCAAGUUUCCAAGAACAAUUUAAACCUGCCAUUGACAUUACUCCCAAUGUCACCCUAGCCCUAUUCAAUGUCACAGGUCAAGAUUGUGGUGAAGCUUCUGCAACUGCUGUAUUCACCUAUAACAACAAAGUCAUUGAAACUAGAACCGUACAAUAUACUUGGCAACAAGUAUUAGGUUUCCCAAUUAAUCAAGAAAGAUGUAAAGAUUUGGUUAAAGUAAUUGCUCCUUUACCAAAUAUAACAAUAUCAAUUGAAAAUCAACCACAAUGUGUUGAAUCUUCUGGAACUAUUAGAUUUAAUUAUCCAACAAAUGUUGAUUAUGUUUCUAUAAAUGGUGAAACUUUGGCAGAUAUUUCAACAUAUAAUCUUUAUCCUGGCAAUUAUAGUAUUAUUGCUGGUGGUAGUCAAACUUGUAGUCGUUCCUUUAAUCUUACUAUUCUUCCAGUUGAUCCAAGCAAUAUAUUUAAAAAAUAUAUUAUUAUUACACCACAACAAAAGAAUAGUUGUGCUGGAGGAAAUGCUCAAAUUGAAUUGAUAAAUGCAACCAAUACCGAUGUGUUUACAAGUUUUUCAAUAUCAGGAAAUGGGGAAGGUGUUCCACCUGGAACUUGGAGUGUUUCAUCGAGAUUCCCACCAUACCUUUUGGACUUUGAUCAUGCUUAUUGUGGUAUCGGUCAAGUUUCAUUCGUCGUGCCCACUGAACCAAUCAAUCUACAGUUUACAAAGAUACCAACUCAUUGUGCAUCCACCAUAAGCCAAGGUGAUGGACAGAUCAUCCUAUUGGGUGAAACCCAAGGACUCGGCUAUUCACAAGGUGACUACUACCACAUCCCAUCCCGAACCUUCAAUGGAUUGGUAAACCAAACUUAUACUUUUUAUUUAACCCGUGGAAGUGCUUGUACUUGGACAAUUCAAGUUUCUCUUGGAAUUGAUGAAUAUAAAUUAAUUCCAAUAAUACAACCAAUUAAUGGAUCUAUUUUUGCAUUGAAUAAUGUUACCUUUCCAAAUGCCUAUGUUGAUGUGAGUCAACAAACCAACCCAUUAUGGCCAAGUGAACCAUGGUCCAAAUCAUACCUUUCACCAAUGUCUGCAUCGUCCCAAACCAGCGUUUCAUUCAACAAGGGGUGUGGCGCAAGUAGCACCUUGUCGUAUAAUCUCUACAACAAUAACAACAAGCCAGAACCAACCGUGAUCAUACCACCAUCAUGCAACACACGUCAAUCGAGAGUCGUCCUCAACAAAACUUUGACCGACUCUUGGAGAACCAUUACCAACGCUGGAUUUGUCUUGUCCAACAAUGACAUUGUCAAAGGCGGUGAGCUAUUGAAUUUCUAUCACAAGGUGACCUUUGAAAGCACUGACCAACCAUUCACACCGUAUGGAGUCUUUUUCAGCGACGAUUUCACCUAUGAGGUUGUCAAUGCCUCGUGUCCAGGUGCUCACGAUGGCAAACUUAUCAUCCAUUCCAAGAAUCCAUCACUAUCAUUCUUUUUGAUGCUCGGUGAAGGUGACAUCUAUUUUGCCUUUGACAAUGAGACUAGCACGUUCACCGGUCUCUUUGCCUAUGACUACCGUUUGGCUGUCAUAUCCGAUACAUGCUACGGAGAAUUCUCUUUUGAUGUUGGUAACAAGGAUGCAACCAAACAACCAGCCAAAACCAGUGGUACAGCCAUUUGUAAUAGUAAAGAUACAAAGGCAACUGUUACUAUCAGUCAAAUCUAUGAGUCCGACCCCAACUAUGCCCUCAACUAUGUUCUCAACGGUGUAUUGUAUAACCAAUCCACCAUCGAAUUGCCAGCAGGUACUUAUACGGGUCACGUCAAUGCAAGUACCGACUUUUGUCUAGUUGCCAACCAAACCAUCUCGUUCAGCGUCACCAAAAGUCCCAUCAUAGCCACUCUUACACCAGCCAACUGUAGUGUCCAAGUAGCAAUAACAGGUGGAAACUCUGUCAACUAUACCAUCUCUUUGUUUGACAAGUCACAACAAAACAUUAUCGAACGUGUUGACGGUCUCUCCAACUAUGUAUUCUAUCAAGUUGAUGUUGGUGAUUACACUGUCAUUGUAACUGAUGAAACUGGUUGUCAAUCUGAUACAUUCACUCUUACAGUUGUUCAAUGUGGUGAUGUUAGUACUGCCACCAAAACCUUCCAAACAUCAUCAUUCUCAUCUUUUGUAUUUGAUACAGACCAAGAAUCCUUUAACAUUAAAGAUAACCAAUAA